CGCAGUGUUAGUCGAGCAGUGUUAAAACUUUAUAACUCAGUGUUACAGGUGUUGAAAUGAUGAGUGUGUGUCAGACGCCUGUCGUGCUGAUGAGUGUGUUGGUGUGUGUGCUGGUGUGUGUGUUUGAUCAGACAGUCUGUAGAAGACACACGAUCAACAGGAGGACAGAUCGCCUAAGUGCACCUCUGGGUUUGGAGCUGCAGACGGUAAACUGCACAGCGUUCAGAAUUCAGUGGAAAAUCCCACACAGACACAACACCAUCACUGGAUACAGGGUGUUCUAUGCAGAGAUGAGAGACGGUCGUUCCGUCAGUCCCACCAUGACUCUGGACAUUCCUCUGAGUGCACACACACUCCUCACUGGGCAAUUUGCUGGACAGCCGAGUUUAGACGUGGUGAUUGGAGGACUGGACGUGGGGACUCAGUACAGUGUCAGUGUGGCAGCGUAUGAUGGAACCGCACAGGGACGUCCCAGCAUGCCGAGGGGCAUUAGCACCGCCUCCCAGGGUGUGUGUAUGCCCCCCUCCCCUCCCACCAGGCCUGUAGUGGUUGCCUUGUCGGACACGGAAUUGGCAUUGUCAUGGCAACAGGGUGAAAGUCAGGGGAGCUCACCUGUGCUUCACUUCCUGGUUGCAUACAUCAGGCCAGAGAUGGACUCUGAGUGGACGGUCAUCCGUGAGCCGGUGGAGUCGAACUCGAUGGUUCUGAAGGGUCUGAUUCCGCAAACUAAGUAUCAGUUCAUCAUCAGAUCUGUAAACCAGCAUGGUGUCAGUCACCCCAGUCCAGUCAACCCCCCCACCCGCACCCUUGCAGGUCCAGGUGAAGUGGGCAGUGGUGAUCAGGAUCUCUACACUGAUGAUGCAGGGUUUGGUGUUGACUCCGAUGAUGACCUCUUUAUAGACGUGGUGUGUAAGCUGAGACUGAUGCCAUUUCCUGCCAUGAAGAACCUACGUUCUCAGCUCCGAUCACCAAGUGGCGCUUCUGCUAAUGGGGAUAUCAUUUACAGAAAGACAAUAUUUCACAACACACCUGUCCUCAAAAACACACCUCACAACACACCUCACAACACACCUACCCACAAAAACACGCCUGAAAACACACCUGUCCUCAAAAACACAUCUCACAACACACCUCACAACACACCUACCCAUGAAAACACACCUGUAUUCAGAAAUACACCUGAAAACACACCUAUCCAUGAAAACACGCCUGAAAACACACCUGUACUCAAAAACACACCUGAACUUCAGAACAGUGACAUGUCAGUCAGUAGAGUUUGGACAUUAACCACCACCACUGCUGCACCUAGCACAAGCCCCACCCUUUCUACAACAGCCCUUCCCACUACCAGCCCUAUAGUCACAUCCUGGAAGGGGGUGGAGCCUCGUGUAUACGAUGUGUCGUGUGAGGAGACGGUGUGCCCCCACAACAGUUUCUGCAGUAACGACUACAACAGUGGAGGAUCACGAUGUCACUGCAACCUUGGUCGCCAUGGAGACCUCUGCUCCGAAGGUGUGUCGAUCCGGUUUCCGAGGUUUUACGGAUUUUCUCACAUGACAUUUGAACCCCUAAAGAACUCGUACCAGAGCUUCCACAUCACUCUGGAGUUCAAGGCGGACUCUGAGGAUGGUCUGUUGUUGUAUUGUGGAGAGAACGAACAUGGUCGAGGAGAUUUCAUGUCUCUCGCUCUGGUGCGCAGGAAACUUCACUACAGGUUUAACUGUGGCACUGGGGCGGGGCAGAUCCUCAGUGACAGCUCAGUUGUGAUUGGUCAGUGGCACACAGUCACUCUGUUCAGGGACGGAGUUCAUGGCUGGCUACGACUUGACAAUGAUACCCCUGUGUCUGGACGCUCACUGGGUCACUACAGCAAAAUAACGUUCCGCACGCCUCUGUUUGUGGGCGGAGCUCCCAGUGUUUACUGGCUUGUGAAGGUCGUGGGAACCAAUCACAGCUUUCGUGGGUGUGUCCAAAGACUGUCAAUCAAUGGCAGACACACUGAACUGAGACCCUGGCCUCAGGGACACGCCCUCAAUGGGGCAGACAUCGGUGAGUGCAGUACCAGUGUGUGUGACGAGGUGGUGUGUGAGCACAGUGGAGUGUGUUAUCCGACUCGUGCAGACAGCUACAUCUGCCUCUGUCCUCUGGGAUACAGAGGAGUUCACUGUGAAGAGAGCUUUGUGCUGUCUCUGCCCCGCUUCAGUGAGAGUAUGCAGUCGUACGCCAGCGCCCCCUGGCCUCAGCACACACACUCCUACCUUUCCUUCAUGGAGUUCCACAUCACCUUCAAACCCACCAAUCAGGACGGGACUCUGAUCUACAGCCACGACGAGCACAGCCGUGACUUCUUGUCCGUGGUUCUGGUGGGCGGGGCCGUGGAGUUCCACUUCGACUGUGGCUCUGGAGCUGCCAUCAUCAGGAGUGAGCAGCCUGUCAGUAUGAACAUGUGGCAUGACCUAAAAGUGUCUCGUACGGCUAAAAGUGGAAUCCUGCAGGUGGACAAUCAGCGGCCAGUAGAGGGCAGUGCUGAGGGUGCAUUUACUCAGAUUAAAUGCAGUUCUCCUCUCUAUAUCGGUGGGGUUCCUGAUUAUGACUCCACAACAAGCAGCGCUGGAGUGAUCAGACCAUUCAGCGGAGACAUUCAGAGAAUCACACUGAAUGACCGUGAGGUUGCUGUGGUGACGGGUCAUGUGGUGGGCGUGAAUGUGAUGAACACGCCCCACCCCUGUGUGGAGAACCCGUGUGCUAAUGGAGGAACAUGCAGACCCAAAAGAGAUGAGUACGAGUGUGACUGUACACUGGGGUACGAUGGAACACACUGCCAGAGAGCAUGUGGAAACUACUGCUUUAACUCGGUGACUGAAGCGAUUGAAAUUCCUCAGUUCACGGGCCGCAGUUAUCUGACAUACGACAGUCAAGAGAUACUCAAAAGGCUAUCUGGUUCUAGGACGAGUGUGUUCCUGCGCUUUAAGAGCUCGUCUAAGGAUGGACUGUUACUGUGGAGAGGAGAGAACCCGGGCCAAGCUCACACUGACUAUCUGUCUAUAGGCCUGCAGAACGGAACACUCGUCUUUAGUUAUGACCUGGGCAGUGGGGCCGUGUUUGUGGUGGUUAAUGGAAACUUCAGUGAUGGAAAGUGGCACAGAGUGAAAGCAGUCAGGGACGGACAGAGUGGGAAGCUGACUGUGGAUGAUUAUGGAGCUGAGACAGGACGAUCACCUGGCAAGAUGAGACAGCUCAACAUCAACGGAGAACUUUACAUAGGUGGGAUGAAGGAGGUCGCUCUUCACACCAGUCGUCAGUACCUGGCAGGUUUAGUUGGCUGUGUUUCACACUUCACUCUGUCCACUGACUAUCACGUGUCUCUGGUUGAGGACGCGGCCGACGGCAAGAACAUUAACACCUGCAGCAACUAACCUCAAACACCUGAAGCAGAAUGCUUUGUUCCAAUUUGAGGUAGAUCCCCCCUCUGUUCAGAAAUGGUUUAUUCCAGAACUCACUACUUGGCCACCUGACACUGAACAUUAGGAUUCUGAUGAAGGUUCUAGAAGGUUAGAGGAAGAGAAAAAGCUCUAAAGAAAAGGUUUACAGUGAAGUGGUGGAGAUAGAGUUCCACACUCAGCCCUGUGAGGGGUAAAGUGUGUUAAUGUUUCUGUUUCUAUUCUCUCUCUCUCUCUCUCUCUCUCUCUCUCUCCUAGCUACAUCACUUUCUGAUGUUUUUAUCACUGUUUAUAGAUUUUAUGCAACAGAGUUUUGUGUACAAGCUGUAUUUUUAUGCCUUCGUGUUUAAAACACCUCUCAGGUUUGCCAUCUAAAAUGUGACUUAUGAAUUUAUUUCGCAAAUAAAUCAUUUCAUACUCUGCAUUUGGACACACUCUUCCAUUGUAUUCUCACCUUUUCUUUUCUUUAUUUUUUCUUCUUUAACACCUUUUACUGCUUAA